AUGCAUCCUGAUGUUGCCUCGCUUACAAAUUCUGAUACCACUGGGGACUUACAAAAUGUUGUUGAAACAAUCAGAAUAGAGAUGAAAACCCUGAAAAACCAGCUCGCAAAAUUUCAAAAUGCUACUAACUCGGCAAUUAGAGAUCUCAGGGAAUCGUGUAUUAAGAUAUCUGACGAAGAUGAGAACGAGAAUAAAGAUGAAGAAUUAAAAGACCUACGGCAGGAAAAUGCGAAAAUAAAGGAUGAAAACAAAGCCUUAACUGAACGCAUCAACGAUCUUGCAUACACUUUAGCAGAUUUGAAUAACAAAGCUAAAAUUGCGGAAAACGAAAAGGCGAGCUUGGUUUGUAUCCUACAGGAUGAUUCUAAAUAUGCCUCAAUAGCCAAACCAAUUUAACCAAAUCAGCAAACAGCUCAAUGGCUUCUACAAGAAAACCGACAUGGCAAAAAGAACCGCGUGAACAGCCCAAGGAAAAUACUAACUGCCGAUAAACCUGAAAUGACUGAUUUCGCCGGGACAAAUAAAUAUAACCUAUUACAGAUUUUAUCAGAAUCACAGAAGUAACGAGGCAGUUUCUCCUGCUAUAAAUGAAAGCUACCAGAGCCCAACCCUUGAAAAACCAAAAGGACAAUCGAAGGAAAACUCAAUGAGAACUAAACCUAAACAUAAUCAGCAGAAUAGUGGAUCAAAUUCUACUGAAAGCCCAAUAGCCAUCCUGGGCGACUCCAUGAUCAAAAUGCUCAAUCCAUCACGGUUACGGCGCUCGAUCGGCAGAAAGACGAUAGUAAAGACAUUUCCUGGAGCAUCGGUUACUGAUAUGAAGCAUUAUGUGAAGCCUACUCUUGAAAAGAACCCCGAACUCAUUGUGCUACACGUCGGGACGAAUGACAUCCACCAGAAAGAACCAGAAGAAAUUGUCAAGGAAAUGGAAUCUCUUUGUACAGGUAUAGUAACGAACAGUUUAGCUAAAGUUGCUAUUUCGGAAAUCAUACAAAGAGAAGACGAAUCAAGGAACAUAAAGAUAAAGAACACGAAUAAUCUUUUAGCUAAGCUUUGUAGUAAAUACAAGUGGGCAAUUGUCCAGCAUGGUAAUAUUAACAUAUCUAAUCUUCAUGCCUCUGGCUUGCACCUGAAUAUAACAGGUACAGCAACACUAGCAAAGAACUAUAUCAACUUUUUAAAGCAUUGA